ACCCUCCUCAUGAUGUUGAAGACGGCUCAGUCACUACACGCCAGAUGUUUUGCCGUCCUCAUCUGCUGAUUUGCCCGAUCGUAGGACCCUUCGUUACACGCCUCCGCCACGUUGACUCACUGUCAUCCACCUGCAACACGCGACACUGACUCCUACACACUCAUGGAGGAGCUCCAACUUGACUUCAGGUAUUUUCCUCACCAUCGAAUUGGCAAGCCUCGGACGCUUCAACCGCGCUGUAAACAAGACAGUGUAGUGUCGACCACCGUGCACUGUGGAUAUAGCUGGCUCAACGAUGCAACCUCGUUUGCAACAAGCCCCGCGCCUCAUAGCAGAGAGAAGAUCACCGGAAAUAUAGUCCCGCAGACGGAGAGAACUAGCCGAGGUCGUUUCAAGUGUUCAGAAAAAGGCUCGAAGACUGCCGUUGUGAUGCAGAAAGGGUAGUAGUGUUUACCUGUCUUAUAAGGCCAUUAGCUGUGUGGAUCCCUGUUGCCAGAAUCCCGUGGAAGUGCCACCGCAAAAUUGAAAAAUAGAAAUAAAAAGAUACACAUGCUUGAAAAAAUAAAAUAAAAGAUCCCUAAGCUGGAAUUCCACCAAGAAGAGUUCGAAAUCUAGAAGAAAAUACGAACACACGAGUAACUAAGAGCUAAAUAGUAAGGAUAUAUAAGGAGUUGAAAGUGUGAGCAAGAUGGUAGGUACAAAGGAAGCUGUGCGACCACCAAGAGCCAAGCCAGACGACAAGGAAAAGCGGUCUCCACUGUCAAGACUCCGAUUCAACUACUCAUUCUUGCAGGUCGGAAGCGGAGACCGAAAGCACCACGAACCCGAGUACGAAGAAGUUGGUCCUCCCACUGGCUUGAGGAAGAACACAGAUAACGGGACCAAAGGAGAUGGAUUCCACUGCGACCUCUGCGGUUCAGCCCCGGCGGCGGUUCGCUGCGACCGCUGUGGUUCUCAGACGUUUUGCCUCUCCUGUGACGACAUGUACCACAGACACCCCCGCCGCAGCAGUCAUGUCAGAAAGGCCGUGGACAGCAAAGCUCCCUCGGGCGGGGGGGUGAGACCUCCCCUUCCGCCAAAGGGGGACUCCCAGGGAGCACCGCCCCCCCAGCCGCCCCCUCGGAAGAACAAGCGAUCCGGCUUCGGUUUCUCCAAGAAGGAUCAGAACUACCACUCGUAUAGCGGAGGCCUCGCCAACAUCGCCUCCCGUUCAUCCAGCAUGACCAAUCUGCAGAGCGCAGCGAGUGAGAGCGUGAGUGGCGCCGGCAGAACUAUCAUGGGCAGUCUCAAGAAGUUCAUGGGCGCCAGACCUCUUCCGCCCACGCCAGACCAGAUGAAAGCGGCAGCGAAGAACGACAGCCGUGACGCCCCGCCGAGCAAGGCGCUGAUACGAGCCAGCACAAGCCCGAGCCUUCCCAACCUCAGCGACCAGACAAAUGACGACAUUCGCGCCGGUUUGCCACAGUCCAUCCUGGAGCUCAACCGGUCGCGCCCACCGCCCAAGAAUUCGACGUCCACGCCCGCGACGCCUGCCUCUCCGAACGCCCAGUACCCGCCUCUGCAGCCCAAGACACAACAGCCGCACGCCCACACCCACUCUUUGGGCAGGAAGUUCUCCCUGCAGCAGCUCCCACAGGCCGGCAUGGAGGACAAGAGG